AUGCCAUUUUGAAGUAUUAAAGCCAGAUUGAAAUAGCUUUUUAUCUUGCCCAAUUGAUUUCGUAGCAUCACUGCUAGAGCGACCUACGCAUUGAAUAUAACCUUCGGGACAAAAAGGCCGUAGUUAAAUUGCCUGUCCCUCUGUCAAUGUCGACUUAUGGAUCCCUUUGAAUUGAUCGAAUAUGAUCCUCCUGAGGACGGUGAGGAGGAAGAAGCAGAAGAGUCGGACGCGGAUCCAGAUGGUGAUGAUGACUUGUUCCCCGGUUCCUCUGAAGAAAGCCAAAGCGAUGACAACGACCACAAUAGUGAUAGUGUGGAAGGAGGAAAUGAAGGCGGACAAAACGAAACCAUGGAUUUUGAUGUGGAAUUGGCCACCCGACACGCCUAUUUAGGAGAUUCGGUUCCUGUUCCUGGGCGUGUGAUUUACGGAGACGAUGAGUGUCCAACUGAAGAAUUGCCCUUAUUGCCAAUGUCCGGAUUGGUGCUGAUGCCGGAACAAAUAAUGCCCUUAGCCUUGUUUCGCUCUAACGAAGUGUCCUUGAUUCGAACAUUGUUGGACACGACGAAGACUUUUGGAUCCGUUUGCUCCAGUUUGUUUUCGCGUCAACAUCACCAAGGAGACAUCUUAGGCACCACCGCAGAAAUUUUUGAGUAUCGAGAACCAGAGAAUGAUUAUGAAGUGGGACUUAAAGUCAAAAUCCGUGGUCGUCAGCGAUUCAAAAUUCUCUCAACUCGGCAACAGGUUGACGGCAUCAUGUUGGCCAAAGUGAAGAUACUAAGCGAAAUCGCUUUGGGAGAACUGAUGAAUCCCGUUAGAUUACGCAGUCGCGAUAAACUGCGAAAUGACGUUCGAAGCCGGGCCCUAGCCAUCGACAAAUCGGAGAGUGAUUGUUCCGGAGACGAAAGUAGUGCGCUUCGACGAAGGUUCAGCCAAUUUAUGUCCAAAUUGCGGCCGCGCCGAUCAUCCAACGAGCCUGAGGACGAAUCGGGAACCCAGUUCGAUGUACCAUCUUCAGAAUAUUCUAGCCGUUUGGCGUUCUCUCAGAAUCAUGUUUUGUCGGCAUGGCCGAAAUGGGUUCAUGAUAUGUAUGAUGAAAGAAUAUUGGUGACCAGGCUAACUGACAUUCUUCGGGGACCAGCAUUCGUCAAUAUCCAUCAUGUCAAUUUACCCCUCACCGCUACCGAAUUAUCGUUUUGGGUGGCGACAAAUUUGCCGUUUGAGGAGCGGGACAGAGUUGCAUUAUUGGGAAUCAACUCCGCCAUCCAGCGGCUUCGAUUCGAAAUAUCUCUGGUCCAGAUGAUUCAGUCGCUGUGUUGUAAAUUUUGCUUGCAAGAGAUUGGCUCGCGGGAGAACAUGAUAUCAAUGACUCAAGAGGGACUACAAGGAACAUACGUCAAUCCUGGAGGAGCUGUCCACGAAACUCUGACCCUGUCCAAAGUAAAUCGAGGCGCUGUGAGAUUGGAAGGCAACUCUUCCACUCAGUUUUCAUGGUUUCCAGGAUAUGCUUGGACUAUUGCCCAAUGUGCCCGAUGUCUAUCCCAUUUGGGUUGGAAGUUUACAUCCACCAAUCGGAAACUAUCGCCACGGAAGUUCUGGGGGAUAACUAAGGCCUCGAUCAUUCCUAUUUACAAGUCCCCGGAAACGUCAGAAAAUAUUGUUGUCAUGUAAAACAAUAAAUUUUGGGGCAAAUAAAUUCUUGGCUCUUCCAA